AUGGACGCAGGUAUUCAUAAAUCACGCCAAAAACGAUGAGAAAAGUCCGCGAUGUAACAGAAAAUCGAGCAUAUUAUGAGUAUAAUAUACUAUUAUUAUUUUAGUUUUGUUUUUAGUUUUUGCCGAAAUACUCGAGUAACCUGAAUAACUGUCGUCGGUUGUAAAUAACAAAUGCGAAUAAAACAUAAUAUUAUUUUAAUAUGUAUUUAAAAUUAUUUUUCUGUUGAAUUAUCAUUUUUUUUUUUUUUUUUUUUAUAAAUACGUAAUUGAAUUUAGUAAUUCGGAUUUAAUGUCCAACGCUAGUUGGAUAAAAUAUACAUAUUCGACGAUUAUACGACUCUUUUAACUUUAUGUAUAGUAUUGUUGAUUUAAAAUUUAUUUGUUACUUUACACCUUCUUAUAAUAAUUUGCUCUCUUGCUUUUUUUUUAAAAAAUUUUUUUUUACCACCAUAGAUGACAUUUUUACGUUAUAUAAUAAUAAUUCUAUGUUCAAAUUUAUCUACUAAAAUAUUCAGUCGACGUUUUUUUGUAACCGUUUCUCUUAUUUAUGGUUUGUAGAUUAUGGCGACCAAUUCCCGUGUACAAAAUGCAACCGGAUGUACAAGCACAGAGCUAGUUUGAACAGCCAUUUGAAACUCGUGUGCGGCGUCGACCCGCAAUUUCGGUGUGCCGAAUGUGGUAGACGUUUUACGUGGAAACAGCACCUUAAACGGCACAUGGUUAACGUGCACAAGUUGUUGAAUAAUUUAUAGUGGACCAUUUUAAUAAUAUUAAAAAUAUAAAUAACAAACAUUAUAUUACACAAACUAUAAUAUUUUGUACGGCAAUAAAUUAGUAAUUAAGAUUACUCUUGUACUCGUAGUUAUCUGUGUAAUAUUAUAUUAUAGUAUUUGUAUAUUUUUAUAUUCAAACAUGUGAUUUAUUACUUAUAUACUAUUUAGUUAUAGUGCAAUGGAAAUAUGACUAAAACAAAAAGAAAACGAAAUUUGAAACUGCGUAUUUUUUUUAUUUAUUUUAGCUCAAAAAUUACAUUCCAUCAAUAGAUCAAUAAUAAAAAACAAAAACAAACAUAAUAAUAGUGGAAGUGAAUUAUAUGUAAUUAAAGAGAAGAAAAAGAAAAGUUAAUAUGACAAAGUCAGCCUCCUGAAUAAAUGAAAUGAUAAUAGUAACAACCAAACUAGAGUUGAUUUUUAGGACAGAGGAGAGAUUGAAGGGAAUUGCGUACUUAAAUUCCUAUUUUUUUUCCAUUAAGAUGUUCGUAUCGUAGUGUCGUGGUUUUAUAAUCAUCAUCGGUGUUACCUAUAAUUUACAUACAUUUCUAUCUGUGUGCUCAACUCUCGUAGACCCAUUAACUACUGUAGUAGACUUGAGUGAGUUAAGCACAAAUUGAUCAGACAAUAUCUACAGAUAUCUGUAAAAAGGAGUAUAUGCGUGGAAGAAAACCGGAAAUACUUCUUAUUUAUCAUUUAUAGCAUUGAUUGACCCAUAAAACAUAAUGCCGUAACGCUAAUAUAAGACUUAAUUCCUUAAUUAAUUGAAUCAUCAUCAUCAUCAUCAAUUGAUGCAUCAAUGGAAAACCAUGAAAAACGGAUUGUUUGAUUUUUGCGUUAAAAUAAAAGUCCACGGCCAGCGUUUAGCGAAUGAUGGGCCGCCAUGUCACUCGUCUAAUGGCUGUUUUCGUUACAGCUACUCUAAUUAUCUUCCCAAUAUAAUGAAUGCUGGGUAGAAUGUAACAGAAUUAUUGUAGUAUUAUAGAUAAAACCGAUAAUGUAUUCCCAAAAUGUGAUAGUGUAUGUUAUAGCGGUUGGUGAGGUGUUGGUAAAGAGGAGGUAAAUUAUAGGUGGCCGUAUACAGUACCAGCGAUGGUUACGUGUGUGGGAGCGGUGGUGGUGACGGUGGCGGUAUUAUAGAAGAGGUAAUUCGGACGACGUUGCUGUUUUAUUUACACGUUUAAAGUUCAUACUUAAAUUAAAAUCGUAUAUAUUAAUUCAUUGCUAAACAAGUUUAACCGAAAAUAUAUUUUGCACUCUAAACAAAUCUGUUACACUUCUUAUUCAAAAAAAAAAAAAUUAAAUUAUCAUAUUUUUAAUAUUUUCAUUUCUAAUAAUUAUAUCUAUGUGUGUAUCUAUCAACCUUAAUUCAAAAUUUAAAAAAAUUUGCGCGUCUAUUUUUCUGUCGUAGUCGUUGAACAUUUGUUUUAAUAACCUUGAAAUAUAUUUAAAUUAAUUUGUGAUUGCGCGAAUUUUCAUUUAAUUUUGCAAUACUUACUAUUGACUUUUUUUUUUAUUGAAGUAUGAUCAAGUUGAAUAUUACUCUUAUUACGAGUAUAUUACACGCGGGAAAAAAGUACAUUUACAUUCGUUCUUAUUUAAAUAUUUAUGACAUUGUUAUCAGUGGUAUGCGUAGUGGAAUAUUAGAGGUGAUAUCCCCGAUCGGUAAAACACUUUGAGAACAUAUUGUUAGUAAUUUUAUUUCGAAAUUAUAUAUUUCAGCCAAGUUACAAGGAAAAAUAAAAGCUUGAUUUAUUGAAUACAAAAUAAUUCUUUUGAAUCGGGCUUUUAAAUUCUUUGUCGGUUUAAUCUAACCUAAUAGAUUCUAAAACGAUUCUACAGUUUAUUCGUGAAUUAUGAUUUAUACUAUUGCAAAUUCCUGGGCACGCCAUUGAAUAUCAUAAUAUAUUAUAUUAAAUGUGUACUCGUACGUACGUACGUAUGUAUGUAUGUAUGUAUGUAUGUAUGUAUGUAUGUAUGUAUGUAUGUAUGUAUGUAUGUAUGUAUGCAUGUAUGUAUGUAUGAUUGUAUUUAAACAAUUCGGGUAAUCAUGUGAAUUUUUUGCAGAUGGUUUGUUUAAUUUCGAUUGCCCCAAAUGCGAAAAACAAUACAAAUAUCGUUCUAACUUAGUGUCUCAUUUAAAAUACGAGUGUGGUGUAGAACCUAAGUUUAGAUGUACAAUGUGUAAUCGACCGUUUACACAAAAACAAAAUCUGAAACGCCACUACAUAAUGGUUCACAAGUCUUUAUGCCUUUGAAGUAUAAAUCGUAUAGUAUGUACUUUUAUAUAGUUACUUAUUACUAAUAUUACAAGGUGUUUUUUUAUUUGGUUUUAGCUCUGUAUAAUAAUAAUAUAUUAAAUACGAAAACGUAUUUUUAAUUUUAGUUUAUUUAUUAUAAAAUAUUAUAUUAGGAAUAUGUAUCUAAAUGUAUCGCCGUUCAUUGAUUAAUUUUAUAUAGUAUACACCGUAUUUUAUUAUAACUAUAUGAAAUUCGAUUUUAUAUAAUUUUAUUUUUGUAUUAUAAAAAUAAUAUUAUUGUUUAAAAAACCUACAUGUUUGUAUUUAUGCUAUGUAAAGUAACCUACUUAUAGAAAUCAUGUGUUUUAAGUCAAAAAUGUAUGUCAUUGUUUUAUAUUGUUAAAAAUUAAAAAUUGUCUAUAUUAUAUAACGACUGCGAUGUUAAAUAUUUUUUAUAAAAUGUACUUUUACCAUCUACUAAUUUUAUACUGAACAUUCUAAAUGUUAACGUUUUUUUUUUUUUUUUUAUAUGAAUUAAAUAAAAAUUAUUAAAUUUCGAUUCAACUCAUAAAAUUCAUAUCUUUUUUAUAAAUCUAUGUUUACCUAGGUGGUUGCGUAUGCCCGUUUUAGUAAACAGUAUUUAUUUAGAGUGGGAGGGAUUGUUAAACGGAUAAUAUUGUCGAUGAAUAUUGGAAUCAUACUAAUAGCAUAGAAGAAACGAGAAGAGAUUCGCAAGUCAUCAUUAUAUAAUAUUGAGUACUAUGACAAAUACAUAUUACAUUUCAUUUUAUAUAAUUUUAUUUUAAAAAUUAUAUACUUUUAUAUAUACUAUUUAUAAGCUUUCCUUUCAAAAUAUCUCAUGAUACUUCAUAUAAUGAUAUUCUAUUUUAAUGAUGCUUCUAUAAUGUACGUAAUAAUUCUCAAAAAUAUAAAUGAGAUGCUAUACAGAGUAAUCAAUCUACCAUAAGAUAUUUAUUAUCUUAGAAAGUAUUAACUUUUUCGGAAUUUGUUUUUUAGAAUAUUUAAGAAAUAAGCAGCUCUAUAAUUUUACAUGUACUUUAUUUCUUUUAAAUAUUUUAAGGGUGUGUCCCCUCCUCCCAAACUCAAUAUCUACUUUUAAUUUUCAAAUGACAACCUAUAUUAAAAAUCUGGAAAUAGAUGGAGUAUUGUUAAGAAAAAUGUUGGUUUUGACAUUUUUGAUUUUCGUCUAUCUUUUGACGUAAUACUCUAUUUAUUUAUAGAAUUUUUAAUAUUGGUUGCUAUUUGAAAAUCAAAAGUAGGUAAUGAUUUUACCACCAAAAAUAAGGGUGACAAAAGAUAACAUAAAUAUAAAAAUGUAGAGCUGCUCGUUUCUUAAAUGUUCUAUAAAACAAAUUCCGAAAAAGUUAAUAUUUUCUGAAAUAUUGAGUGUUUACGAUAGAUUGAUUACUCUGUAUAAUAUACACAACAUCAUGGGAGGUUUUUCAGGUUAUAAAUAUUUUAAAAUACAUUUAUGUUUAUAAAAAGGUUUAUCGUCUUACCUACAAGAUAAUAAGGGAUGCUAGUAGCAAGUCGCAAGCCGCCCUUUAAAAUAUAUCAUUUGGUAAGUUCACACAAUUAUAAUUAUAAUAUUAUAUAAUUUCCAAUGUUUAAACACUAAAAAUGCAUUAUAAAAACAUUUUAUACACCCGUUGUCGAUAUACUACAUUAAGGGGCUUCGUCUCUCACAUUUAUAAUCUCUGUCUGUCUUGCACGUAAUACUGCAGCAACAAAAGCAUUCCGCAUUUCCAGGAUGGCUACUUUCUGACUGAGGAAGAGAAACUUUACCUAUUGUACAUUAUAUAAACCAGAAUACUUACUAUGGAUCCUAAAAACUAUUUUUAUAUUAUUUUAAUGUUUUAUUAAGUUAUGCGUGUUUCAAUUUUCUCUUAAUUUGAAUCAUUAAUAAUAUUUAUUUAGAAAUAAAACAAUUGAACAAAUCAUUCAUACGAUUUAUAUGAGUAAAUUUCUCUUUUUAAAAAAUGUGCAUUACCAUACUGUACGCUAAACUCAACCAGAGUUUUGAUUGUGGAAACGCGUAAUGCCUUUGUUGUUAUAUUGUGCAUGUGAGACAGACCGAGAAAAUAAAUGUUAGUGACGAGAUCGCAUCAGAAAAUGUAUACUUUGCUAUAAUUUUUAUCAAAUCUAAGAUAAUUAUAUGGUGGUAUUUAUUUUUUAAAUUUUGAUGAGGUUCCUUGUAAGGUUAGAAUAUCCGCAAGUGUUUUUGUUUUUUUCGUGUAUAAUUUUGUCCAUAUACAAGAUUUGAGGUUAAUAAUUCUAAUAUAUUAAAAUAUAUCAUUUGUAAUCGGUGUGUCAAUAUUUAAGUUUCUUAUAGCAGUAUUCUUUUCACCAAAGCGUAUAAACUCGAAAUAAAUGUAGAUAAUUUAUAUUUUGUUUUUAAAAAAAUAAUUAUAAAAUUCUAUUAAAAAUCAUACCAUUAUAUAUGAAUGUACCUGCAAUAAUUUGUAAAAAAAAUUCUUUAAAAUACUCUUAUAAAAUUCUAACAUUAUGAUUUAAUAUUUUAGGUGAUAAUUAUUGUUGAACGUACCCUACGUGUGAUAAGAAAUACAAACAACUGCAGAGCUUAUGGAAUCAUACAACGUUUGUAUGCUGUUUAGAUAAAAAGUUCUGAUCGCAGAUUGGGUCUGUGAUAAAAAGUUCGAGUACAAAUGGAUUUCCUAGAAUCAAUUUUUAUUUGGACACAUUAGAAUGAUGUCCAAUAGCUUAUGGAAUGCCGGAACAACUAUACAAGUCAACAAAAAAAUGUGUAUUUUCAUAAUAAAUACGGUUGAAAUAGUAUUGUUUGUUUUCUUAACAAAUUUAAAAAUUAGCUGAACUAAAUUUUUUGUUUGCGUGCGCGCGUGUAUGUGUGUGUGUGUGUUAGUGCGUUUUUUUAAAAAUAAAAAUUAAUGUUUAUGUGUAGUGUAUACAUCUUAUAGAUAUUAUUUGUAUUUCUUUCGUUGCUUAUAUUUUAUUUACGUGGUAUAUUGAUAAAAAAAUAUUAUUUUAUGGUUUUUUCUAAACUUUUAUGAAAAUAAUGAUAGUUAGGUACUACACGGUAACCUGCUACAAAAUCUAACCAACAACGGAAUCUGUACUUAUAGGUAAUUAAGUCGUUUUCGUUCUAAAACUGAAUUUAGUUUAUUUUCAGUAAAAUAUUAAUUUAUAGGUAUAUCACUUAUAAAACUGUUAUUUUUUAAACAAAAUUAAUAAUUUGAUAUCGACCACCUAAAUAUACAAAGUGAUUCUUUUGUAAUGAUCCAUUGUAUAUGUUCCUAUUAUAAUCAACGUAUUACCCAUAAUUACCUACUCCUCUGUUCUAAGUCUUAAACUGUUUGAUGACUUGUAAAAAUUAAAAAUCCAAUAUUAAUUUACGCAUAUCAAAAUGUUGGGCUAUAUAUUAUUUUUCGAAUCUGUGUUGAAAUGAGGGCAUGGAGAUGAAAAACAAAAAUUAAUCGGUAUUUAGUGGGAAUGAAUUUGAAAAUAGUGUUUAAUGAAAGCUUAAAGGAUUCCAUAAUGAUUGAAAAAAAAAUCAAAUGUAAGUACUUAAAUUACGAGAAAAUCAUUGGAUCGUGAUAAAAGAAUCAUUCUGUAUUUGUGCUAUUUUCUACGUAUAUGACAUUAUAUAUUAUAAUAUAUAAUAUUUUCUCAAAACUGUCACGAUUUUGGAAAUUCACUCCGCAAUGUUACUAUCUAUACGUUGAAUAAGUUAUUUCAACUAAUUCCUUCAGCUUUUGAGCUUUUAAAUAAACUUUUAAGAAUUGACAAAGAUAGUUUUCUCAAUCAUAUAAAUCAGUUAAAUUAUGUUAUGAUGUUUUUCUACUGAUAAUUUAAUUAUUUAAAGAAGUGUACCUACGUCCGGGGUCUGUACGAAUAUGAAAGUUGGUUCGUGUGUAUGCUUCUUGAACGUGAAAUUAUUAUUUAUUGGUCUCGUAAUGUGGUCAUUUGUGAUUUUUAUAAAAAUUAAUAUUGAUUUAAUGACGUGUUUGCAAUGAUGGAAGAUAAUUAAUAUAUAGUGUGGAAAUACUGCGGUAGUUCCCGUCAUCUGUUUUCUGUGAUUUCUGCCGCAACUGGAUGUACAAUGUGCAUGGCGUCUGUCUAAAACUCAUUGAAGUUUUAAAUUUAAAAGAAAAUUCCUAAAGUUGUACUUUACGAGAUUUAUUUAGUAUAUGGAUAUGCUAAGUUUUUAAACUUUAUGAUUCGGUAAACCGUGUUCGAAAUCCGUGUUUGUUCAACACUGUUUAUUGAAAUAUUAUUUUAUUUUCCUUACAGAUUUCAAUUGUUAAAUAACUUUUUUUUUGUUAAUUAAUAUUAAUAUAUAAUGAUUUCUUAAUAUUAUAUUCAUUCAUACCUAUCAUAGCGUAAAAAAUUAAUAUGUACAUGUAUGUAUGUAUUGCUUAUUGCUUCAAAGCUUAUAGCUAAAAUAUAAAAACAAUUUAUUAAGUUAAAAGCUUCAAAUUGUUGUUAAGGACAAUAAUGGGUGUAGGGGAGACCAGAGAUAAUUAAUUCGUGACCACAGAUAAUUAAAACAACUAGAUAGCCUAUUUUAUGAUUAAAUUAGAAGCUCAGCAGCUAUAUACUGAGAGGACAAAUUUUGUUGAUUAAUCCAUGAAAUAUUUGUUUAUGCUAUGGAUUAUUUGAUAGGUAAUAUAAUACAAAUCAAGCACAAAUUAUUCAUGGCAUAGUUUGUGAACUAAAUAAAUAUUUUAUCAAUACACGUGACUAUCUAGUGUUUUAUAUAUCCAAUGGUUGUCACUUUUUUUUCUACUCGAAAUAUAAUAUCUCAAACUAAUCCAAAAUUUAGUUCAUUAUACUAAACUCGUGUAAUUGCUUGCCUACUUUAAUUUAUUGAAUUAGUUCAGAUAAAUUAAACUAAAUGAUAAUUUGAACGAUUGCCUGAUUGAUUUAGAAUGAUUAAUUUGUAUUUUGGAUUCAAUAGUAGGUAUAUCUAUAACUAAUAUCGUUGUUCAUACUAAUCAUUUAAUCGCACAAGGCGGGUCUCUUAUAACGGCUUUUUAAAGCGUAUUAUGCAAACUCCCGCUUAUUUAAAAAAAUAUAGUCCUGAUGAAAACUUUGGGAAACUUGUUAUUUUUAAGAUCGUACACGGUUUAUUAUAUAUUUCCCCUUAUAUAAUUUUUGUUUGUUUAUUUUUAUUCUUUUAUUUUUUAAUGCACGUUUCUCCCGGGGUUAAAAACCCAUACACCUGGUAUUAUAUAGGACAAAUAAUUUUAUUUCUAUAAUAUUGUAAACCCUUUGAAGAUGUCGCAUAUUAUUCAUAAUAACAACUAAUAACAUAACAUGAUGAAAUCUAUAAGUUACAUCUAUCUAUGCGGUUCUUCAUUUUCUUUUUUUACAUAGACUAUUACUAAAAAAAAAAAAAAAAAUGUUUUUCACGAAUUUGUUUUUAUUUUCCGUCUUUAGGCGCUUCGGAAACAUACACUUGUACCAAAUGUGGCCGUUCUUACGACAAACGACCGAGUUUCGCUAAACAUUUCAAAUUUUGCGGCGUAGACUUCGAAUGCGAAUAUUGCGGUAAAACUUAUUCUAGAUCGGAUUCCGUAAAAAAACACCAGAGAUUGGCUCAUUCGCUGAACUUAUAAAAAACACCCAUCUCCAACACUGCCACCGUGAUAUAUAAAUAUUAUAUUGUGUUCUGAACAAAGAGAAAAAAAAUAGAUAGCGUAUCAAUUUAUUAUUUAUUUAUUUUAAAGGUACCAUCUGAUUAAUUCGUAUUUAACGGUUUUUAUUUGUUUAUAUUAUGUUUUAAAACAUUUUAUAUGCGUAAAAAUAUAAUAAUAAUAUUAAUGAUUAAUUGAUACACACACAUAUAUAUAUAUAUAUAUAUAUAUAUAUAUAUAUAUUAUCUACGUUUAAGUACCCACCUACAUUGAUUGUAAAUUUUUUAAUUGUAUAAAUAUUAUAAGAGGACCGUUUUGUUAAUAACCAAAAGAUCAAAAUUAAAAAAAAAAUACACAUAUAUUUUAUAAAAAUGUCUUGUAUUUGUUGAUUAUUUUUUUUUAUAUAAUAAUAUUCUAAUAAGUAUACUAUCAGUCGGAUAAUAUUAUCUUAUCGUUAAACAAAAGUAUUUCGUAACAAGUGCUAUUCUAACCGGCUGGUUGUUUUUUGUUUAUCGUACGUGUUUUGGGGCGCAUCUGGUUGCCGUAAUUGUUUUCUCAUCGUUUGCUCAUCUCAGUGACGAGAUACCUGGGGCCCGGCGCACACGGUGCUUGUUUUUCUGCUGGGACGUCAGCUAGAAGCAAUGACGAAAACCGAGAUAAUUUGCUUGCGUGAUCGCGUUGCCAUCACACGUUGAUUGUUGCCCGGCUGGUUUUCUACUCAACACAAUCAUAGAUAUCUAAAAAUCACUAAAAGGGUUACGUGACAAGAUCCAUAUUCUCGGAUUGGCUUACGUUCAAAUCCAUCGAGGAAUCGAGCGAGGAAAUAGUACAAUAUGCUUUAUCAUGCAAUCCAGCAGCGGAUCUAUUAAUGUACCCAUCACGGCACCUAUCACAACGCUCAGCAGGCGAUCCACACUAAAUCUAACAUCGUGUUUUGCUACCCGUGUUCGUCAUCAUUAUCUAUUCUUCGAGUCACUCAGAGAGCUAGCAAACCAAAACUCCGAAGAGCAUAUUGUAGUAUAAUUUCGAUAAUUGGACCUGGGAAAGGCGUAAUGUUCGGAGUAAAAAAAAAUUUAAUUUCUGAUGAGCGAACCGCAAAUCGUUAUUGGUGGGGGAGGUCACUCGUGGCGUCACGGUGUAUGGUAAACGGAAAACUGGUACGGUCUUUAUAAACGUGGAAAACUGAUACGAUCCUUAAUAGUCAAAGUUUCUCAAACUUUUAUGAAAAAAAAAAGAAUAAAAUAUGAACGAUUUAUUUUCAUUUUAUUUUACGGACAAUCGAUGGGAAACCAUGAGUGACUGCGAGUGAAAGUUAUUGCUAUACUUAACGAUUAAAUACCUCUCAAUAUGAAAUAAUUCAUUUUUGUAAAGGGUGGAAUAGCUAUUUCAAUAAACCUGUAGGAACAAAUAAUCCAUCAUUUUGGUUAAUAAUUAAGUGUAUCCAACAAGAUGAAGCGACAACGCGGAUUGAAAGUACCCACUUAGAAUACAAUUUACACAACACAAAAGUAUACAGCCUAAAAGUUCAGAAAAAAAAUACUAUGGAAGACAAACUACACAACAAAUGUGAGAGCUACUUAAAUAAAGAAAUUAAAAAAGGACAAUUUUUAAAUAAUACAGCAAAGUGUAUGAAAUAGUUAUUAUUGUUCAUAAAUUAUAUAGUAUAUAUAUUGUAUAUUGUAUGUUUAUUUUACUUACCUACUACUUUGUAUGUAUUUAUUUGUGUUUUUUGCUCAUUUUGAUUGUUAACAUUAUUUUUUUUGUUUUUAACGUAUUAUUUAAAUUUAACUUGUUCACGAUGGUGAUUUAUUAAAAACUAUAUAAACAUUGUAAAUAUUUUAGGAUCCCCUGAAAUAUAAAUUUUGAAGAGUACCAGUAUUCCGUGUUUUUAUUUCGUUUGUUAUAAAUUCUAUGGACCGUAUCAAUAUUCCGACAAUCGCGGUGUAUAGUUUCCAGAAGCGGAAUUUCGCCUCUAUAUGUUUUUCGACUACGAUUCGUCAUUACGAUAAUUUGCCUUUAGAAGUUUAGAUGUACUCUCCGCCAGAUACAUAUAUAAGGAUAUAUACAAAAGUACUGUAUCUAUAAAUUUCAAAAACAAAAUAAAUAUUAAAUAUCAAACGGAAUUAUACAUUACCUACCUACCUACUUAUUAUACUUGGAUAAUUUUAACGACUCGUACAAUAAUAAUAAUAGCAAUAAUAAUAAUAAAAAAAAAAACUAAUAAUAAUCGCUGUGAAUUUCGUAUUUAUUAUUAUAGUGAUCAGCGGCCGUUCAGUGAUGGCGUACUGGAGGUCGUCGAAUAAUAAACACGACUUUGUGAUGAUCGAUGAUCGAUAUCAGUGUCCUAACGCGUGCGGGCGUACUUACAAAGCGUUACACGGCGUCCGACAGCAUUUGCGUUACGAAUGCGGCGUAAAGCCAAAAUUCUCUUGCUCGGUGUGUACGAAAUGUUUCGCGUAUAAGAACGUGUUGAAAAUUCAUAUGGCGUCCGUACACAGUAAAUUCAAUAAUGUGUAUAAAUAAUUUUUUUUUUUUUUACAUACCACCUACUUACCUAUAAUAUACGACUAUGACGGGACACGAAGAUUUUCAAUAUUAUAUUCCAUAUCUAUGUAUACUGUGUAUAUAUAUAAUACUAUAGCAUAAGUAGUAUAUUAUAGUAUUUUAUUAUUUAUUCUGCCAUGUAUAAUUGGAGAAAACUUUAUUAUAUUUAUUAUACUUUUAGUUUAUAGAGUUAUAUUUCGAGAAAAAUUCCAAGUUUUUAAUUAGAUAACAUAUAAUAUGUUAUAAUAUCAGAUAAACAUAUUUUUUUAAAUCUAGUCCCCUGCAAUUCAGUAUUUUGUAUAGUUUAAAAUUAAAACCUUAUUACUACAUAUUAUAUAAUAACUAUUAAUAUUGUGUGAACUUUUUUUUUUUUUAACCAAAAAAAUUAUAAUUUAUGUACAUUAUGUUUAAACGUGUGUAAUUAUAUAAUAUUAUAAUAUAUAAUUAUGGUUUGAUUUCGAUUUUUAUAUUUUUACUCAUGUACAUAUAUACCGGAUGAUUCUUUUAUCAUUAAACACAUAUUAUCUCGGAAAGUAUUACAUUUUUUCGGAAUCUACUUUAUAGUCAUUUUAAGAAACACGCAGCUCUACAAUUUUCUAUUCACUUUAUUUUUUGUCGUGCCAUAAUUUUUGGGGGUGAAACGACUAUUUAAUUUUGAUUUUCAAAUAGCGACCUAUAAUGAAAAUGCCUUAAAUAAAUGGAGUAUUUUUGGAAUUUUUAAUAUAGAUUGCCAUUUCAAAAAUAUCAAAAAUAUUUUUCGAAAUAAUAAGUGUUUAACGAUAAAGAAAUCCCCGGUGUAUAUAUAUAUAUAUAUAAUAUAAUAUAAUAUAAUAUUUAUGUAUAAGAUGAAUAUCAAUAUAUCAAUUUGACCACUGCCAAAUACAAGUAUAUUCGUAUUUAAGGGGCUUGGUACCAACGCUCAAAAUGGUCCGACUACAGUUAAAUGGAACGGUUCGAUCUUGAAAAUUGGUUUUUUGUCUGAAAGAGAAAGGCUUCUUACGAACUUAUACCAUCGUUUUAUAAAUGAAAUAAAAAUGUUUAGAAUUGACAUAGAGAUAGAGGUUAGAAUGUUAUCAACUAAAAAAAUAAACGGUAUACAAAUAUAUUGCAUUGAUAAUGAGUUAUCCCUAUUUACCCGUGAAGUCAUCAUAUUUGUCCAUAAAGUGGCUUUACGUCCACCCCUUUAAUGGGUGUCGGAUAGUAAUUUAGUGAUUCUUUUUAAUUUUUUUCUGUUUCGAAAAUUACUAUUUAAAUUAUGAAAAAAUUUGACAUUUUCUUAAUUGUUGGUACAACUAAUCGAAAACGACGAUUGUUAUUGUAUAUGUAAUCAAACGGUAAUCUUUACUAACAGUUUUAACACGUAAAACAGCAGUCAGUAUUGUCAAAUUUAAUAAUUUUUGAAGUUAGAAAGGUCACGCGGUACAUGGGUUCUUUCUGAUUUUUUUUUUUCUAAUACGAAUAUUACAUCGUUUCUAUUUGUUCAUAUGAUUUGAUAUUUUAAAAUAAUAUUGUUAUCAGCGUUAUCGUCUUCUUGAAUACAGAAUAACGGCGGCAUUUUCAAGUAAUAUAAUAUAAUACCAUUUAAACAAUGUGUUUCAAUCACUGCAAAAGUUUUAAUUAUUAUUAUUAUUAUUAUUUUGUUUUUUUAUUGAAUUUGUUUUGAUUUCUUUUUUACACCAUUUUCCUAAUAAUAUAACAAUAUUGACGUUUUUAGAUUUUCCUCGGUGUGUUGACAAAAACCUAUAACAACGGAAUGUGCUUUUUAGUGUUUUCCCCUCGUAAAAAUAUACUAGUUUAUCGAAAAAAAAAACUUAUAUAUAUAUACACAUACGGCUUUUUGUACAAAUGCUUCGCUCUGAAAAUAAUAUCAAUCAACAUAAACGAUCUGCCUAAUAUGACGCAUUUCAGGUACUAGAAUUUGGCGUUGUGUCAACAAUCACUGCAGUCGGAAGUAUAAGAACAAAUUUCAUUUGACCUACCACAUGAAGUACGAAUGUGGAAAACAACCACUAUACCAAUGCGACUUUUGUCAGAGAAUGUUCUCGAGAAAUUCAAAUAUGAAGAAACAUAUGUUCACAGUGCAUAAAUACAUCGCCCCCUAAUUUCCGUCGCAAAAUCCGAUUUCCAAAAUAUCCACGUCGUACACAAACGCAUACCAGUACAGUGACCAGAAAAACAUUUCGGGGGUUACAUUAAUCAUUUUUAUUAUCACCUACUAUUUUUUAGAAUGAUAACAUUUACCAAAUUACUUUAAACAAUCAAAAAAUAAUAAUUAUAAGGGGAGGAGAGUACGUGCCCCAAGUACUUGGCCUUCUGACUACAGAACUGACGAAUAGUUUUUUCAUAUAUAUAUUUAAUAGUUAUUCUAAUGGUGAAGUCGUAGAGGAUCGGAAACGGAUAUUUUGCGAAAAUAAUAUAUUUUAUCCUGAGAUUAUUUAACAUAAAAAAAAAAUAUAUAAUUUUUUUAAACCUUUAAGAGUUGUAAACUCUUUUUCUAGUGGCGAUUAAUAGGUAGGUGAUAAAUAUUUCGGUUUUCAUAUUUAUAAAACAUACAUAUUUUAUUACUAAGAAAAAGGAAGUAUAUUAUACACACUUUUAUAAUUUAUAUAAUUAUCUCAGUGAAAUUGUAUAAUUUUUCUAAGUUUAAUAAUCUCACGAUAAAAUAUAUUAUCUUCAGAAAAUACCCGUUUAUAAUCCUCUAAGACUCAAUUCAUUUUUUAUUAUUCGAUAAUAAUCGAAAUUCUAUUUUUAAGUUUAAUAUUUUUAUAAAAUGUUUAAAUAGAUGUACGUCUCUAUAUUUUCUUAAUUUCCAAAACCUUAACUCGUCGGAGAUUUUACAUGAAUUUGAAAGUAAUAUCGGAAAAUUGUUACCUAUACUUAAGUCGAAUAUAUUUUUAUUUUGUUAUAUUUGUUUAGUUUUACGAAAAAAAUGUUGGUCGAAUAACACGGAAACAAUUUGAAAAUUAUUUAUAAACAAAUGUAAUAUCAUCUUUAACAAUUUAUUAUUUAUACGUUUUGUUUUUAUUAUUUUUAACAAUUAAAAAAACAAAACGUAUAAAUAAUAAAUUACCCGGUGCGAUUAUCAUAUGAUGUUUGAUUAGAGUGAUAGUAUUUUUUUAUACUGAAAUUAAGCUAAACUUUGACAUUUAUUAUUAUUUUUUUUAAAAUUAAAUUUGUGUAGUUCCUCUAUAUUAUAUUUAUAUGUUUACGAAUUACCAAUCGUGUAUACCGCUGUUUACCAAUAGUUUUUUUAGUCGCAAGUUGCUUUAAUUAUAUUUUUAAUUGAAAUACAAUAUAUUUUUUUUUGUUUAUAUUAUAUUAUGUUCUUCCGGUUUGACGUGAAAAAACCUUUUUGAAGAUUUUGUUUCGUUUUGUUUUGUUUUUUUUAAUAAUGUUACAAAUUUCUUUGGACAUAAUAUAUACUCGUAGAAUAUUGUUUUCCUAAUAUUAUAUUAUAAUAUAAUAUGUUUAGUACGUAAAACAAAUUUGAUAAUUUUAUCUAUUGUUAUCGCAGUUAUGGAUUUCAAAAAAGUAUAUCGAAGUGUAGUGUAUUGGUGUAUGAACAAGUGUUUGUAUUUUCAAAAUUAAAUUUGGUUUUAUUGGAAACUACAAAAAAUUGAUUUAAGCCGUUCUUUCCUUUGGGAUCAAAUAUAUAAUACAUUAUAUUAUCGUGUAUUGUAUCAAGCGGAAUGCUAUUUAAUACUUAAUAUAAUUUGUUUGGUGCUAUUAAAAUUAUUAUCAUAUGCCCAUAUAUCGAUCAGGAAUAAUAUAGUUAACAUAUUUUAUUUAAAUUUACACUUCUUAUGUAUAAAAUAUAAACAAUAAUAUCAUAUGGAAAAAAAAGUAACUUUAUAUAAAUUAUAAUUUUAUACACGAGUAUACCUAUGAAUGUGACAUUAAAACACCUAGUCAUUUAUUUCUUUGUGAAAAACUUAAUUUAACUUACGUAUUAUAAAAAAAAAAAAGUUAAAGUAAACUAAUUUACUCGCUGUAACUAUUUAAAUCGAGUAACUCGCCCAGCUUGGCUUUGGACGUAUGCACUAUUGCUGAGCACAAAAUCCGGAUUGAAACAAACGUUACAAUUCGUAAUUUAAUUCGGAUUUAGGGUAUCAAUUUGGACUAUAAUAUAAAUCAAUUAUUUAAUUUACAAUGGUAUCUACUAUCUAGUUUUCACUAGAGUAGGUUCCAGCCCAUUUUAGACAGACGAACCGAUUGAAUCUAAAAUCCGGAUAAAACGGAUUGAUCCGAAAUCCGAAUUAUGUAAUUGUAAUCGGGAUUCGUCAAAUAUUGCUUAGCAUUAGUGCAGGCCAUUCAGUGCAAGAUUUGCGAAUCCUCAUCUCGUUUUAAUUUUUAAUAUUUUUUUUUUUAAUAUUAUCAUAUAGCGAUACAAUUUGUUUAGACGUGUCUUCAUUGCGGUACGGCUGUCCCAAUUCGCAUUGCAGUCGAAGCUAUAAGAACAAAGGUUCACUAAGUUUUCAUUUGAAAUACGAGUGCGGCAAACCGCCGGAGUACCAGUGUCCGAUUUGUCGUAAAUCGUUCCACCAGAAAUCGAAUUUGACCAAGCACCUCAGACUCGUUCACAAGUUGUCACCCUCGUCUCACGGUUAUCCGCAUUCAUCUUCGGAAGAUGUGUAAAAAUAUAUUAAUACCUAUUCAAAACGUUGUUUACUUUUUAUGUUUUUAUUUAUUUGUUCUUAGUAGUAUAAUUUUUAUUAUUUUAAAAUAAAAAAUUUUUUUCCCAGUUUUAGGUUUCUUAAGCAGUUGAAAUAUUUGUUUAUUAUUAUUAUUAUUAUUAUUAUUAUUAUUAUAUUUUUUUUUAUUAUUAUUUUGUUGUUUUAACUGAAGUACGACGGUUAAUGUGCCUCGCUUUUAGUAGGUAUCGUUAUUUAAUCUUUUGCUUAAUUAUUUUAUAUUUUGUAAUAAUAAUUUUUGAUUAUUAUAAUAUAUAUAUUUGUUUUUAGUAGUCUGGGUUAUGUAUACCUAUAGUUGUCAGAAAAGUGAUUAGGGAAUUGUAGUUGCAGAAGCUUGCAGCAGCACCAACGUUUAAGAAAAAAAAUCCACUCCAUCCCGAAAUUUGAUACUGCCCCAAAUAAAUGAGUGAAAAACCCAAUACUUAUAGUCUUACAAUAAUUACGAGCUGACUAAAGAUUUUAAGUUUUCGCUUAGGAGACACUAAAAUUGAAGGUUUGGUCGCAAGGAAUUAUUUUUGUUCGGCAUUCGUAUUACUUCAAGCUGCUUUCCCUGAUUCCUUUUCUGAUAACCUAGUAGUACUACUCCAAAAGCAGGUAUUUAUUAUGCUAUCUGUGUAUGUAUAUUGUAUGUAUGAUCAAAACACAUUGCUGUGAUAAUAAUACGAAAUAAUCACAUUAAACUAUGUAUAACGCUUGUAAAAUAAUGUCAUUUUUUUAUCAAAUAUAUCUGUGUUAAGUUAUUUAUUAUAUUAAUUGCAGAUGGUCGGAAAAACUUUGAAUUAAUUUUCAAACAGGAAGAUCGCAACUGUGGCGGCGGGCUGCCUUUCGAUAGUGCAGACGAUAAUAUUCUCGAAUUGAACAGUUUGUGUCCUUUUU